GGGUGCCCGCUAUACAUGCGCAACGACGUGUGGCCGCUGUUGCUGGGCAUCCAUGCGUUGAGCAGCACGGAGGAGGAGCGGGCACAGCAGCGCAGGGCGCACGGGGCGUGCUACCACAAGCUGCGCAUGUGCGCGCGCAUUCUCGCCAACCUGCACCGCCACCCGCCAUCCGACCGCGCUGCUGUCACCGCUGUCGUCUCCCAUGUCUGGACAACUGUCUCUGCCGCUCGCCCCGCUCUCACUGCCGCCCAGGCUGCCUCACAUGCCCCCUCACAUGCUCCGGUACAUGAGUCACAUGCACAUAGCCCUGCCGCACGACCGCGCCCUCACAUGCCAGGUAUCAACAGCCUUGGCAACCAACGCAGCAGCACAAGCAGCGACCCUUCAGGCGGCGAUGGGAAUGGGAACUGUGCUUCUAGCAGCACCGCCAGCAACGCGGAUAGCAGCAACGGAGGUCACAACUUGACUGGCAGCCCAAGUACCCCGCCUCCUGCGCCCGCUGCGACCACAAGAGCCACCACUGCCACCAGGAUCGCCUCUCCCCUCCCUUCCCCCUCCCCCAUGCUAGCCUCCUCCCCGGCGGCAGCGCCUCUGGUGCUGCACGACCCCGUGGCUCUGCUCUCUGACUUCGGUGCAUGGCAGCGUGCCAUCCGCCUUGAUGCCAUGCGCCUCAGCGCGCAGUGGGACCCCUUUUGGGGCACUGGCGAUGGGGACGAGGGGGGGGGGAGUGGUGGAGAGGUUGGGGUGGCAUGGGCGCAGGAUGGACGGGGCGAUGGCCCGGCGAGAGGGGCAGGGGGAGGGUUAGGGGAGGAGGAGGGGCUGGUGAGCCACACAGCAGCGCAGCAGAUGCACGUGGCACGGGUGGUGGCACUGCUGGAAGCAUACACCCUCGUGGAUCCCGAGAGUUUGCGGUCGCCUUGUUCUCCUGCCUCCCCCUCUCUCUUCCCCUCCUCAGCGUCCUCCCCCGGCUAUGCGCACCCUGUGCAGAGGUGGAGCCCCAGGGCGCAAGGCGGGGUGCGCAGGUUGGGGGGUGCCAUUGUGCCCGUGCCCCACUGCCACCAGCGGUCGCAUCAGCAGCAGCAACAGCUGUAUUCACACCAGCGCAUACACCACCACCAGCAGCAGCAGCAGCAUAGCGGUGUGCACUGGUCUCCCGGUGGCGGGAUGGCAACACCUGGGUACACGGCGGACAGGAGGGAUAGAAGCACGGUCAAAGGUGGGGUCAGCGGUUCAGGUGCGUGCAGCACGGGGAGCAACGGCCGCAUUAGCAGAAGCAUCCAUGACAGCAACACCAAGGCCGACAGCAGCAGACGGGGGGUGAGCUUGCAGGGAGAGCUGCUGCACCAUUCACCACGGUCCUCCGCCAUGCCUUCUCCUCGCACUCCGCCCCCCCGAGCCACCCCUCUCCACUACACCACAACCACCCCAGUGCGCCCUCUCCCUUCACCCACACUCUCUCGGCCGUCCCCCCCUGACUUGCACGGCAUGCGCCUCAACUUCCUGCUGGACGAGUCAGGUAUUCACCGCCAGCUCGCAGCACUGGGCCGCAUUCUCCGCCUCGCCGACCCCGAGCUGCACGGGCAAGUGAGGGACAUGGGCGGCGGGGACUGUCUGUUUGCGUACCGCAUGGUGGUGGUGGGCAUGCGCCGGGACCUGCCCCUGCCGCAGACACUCAUGCUGUGGGAAGUGUGCUGGGCUGACGCCCUGGCUGCUGCCAUGCCGCAGGGGGGGCACGAGGAGGAGGGGGAGGAGCUGGCGGGUAAAUAUCAGGAGGAGAGGAAGCAGCUAGUGGGCCCGGCAGGGGUGAGUGAUGAGAAGCUGUGGAUUAAUGAGUUGCCUAGGUGUGAUGAUCAUAAGGAGAAUAUCACUGCAGCGGGUUGCAUGGAUGGGAGGAGUGGGUAUGGCAGCGGGCAGCAAAGGGUGGGCACAGCUCUCGUAAUCCAUGGGGGAAAGGCAUGUGCAACGAGUGAUUCUUGUGGGGAUGGAAAUGGGCCACAGUGCAGUGCGCCUGUCGUCUCCCAAUGUCUUUCGGACAAGGUGCAAGUACAGGAUGAGCAGCAGAAUGGCGAUCCUGAUGAUGGAGGGGAAGAGGAGUUGGGACCACCAACAGGAAGCCUGCUUUUGUUUGUGAUGGUGGUGCUUAUAUGUUCGCUAAGGGAAGCUCUUCUGGAAUGUGAAGGGCUGGAUGAGCCGGCAGCGCGGCACGCGGUUGUGCUGGCAGCCAUCGUGCUGUGGCUGUGCGCCAGCCCCGCAUCAGCCGCCGACUGGGAAUCCCUGAAGAGCGUACUGGAUCCAGCGGGAUCUGUGCUAACCACGUGGACCAAUCAGCAGGAUCCCUGCUCACCCGCUCCCUUCCUGGGCGUGCGGUGCGACGCGAGCAACAACGUGGUGGCGGUGGAUCUAGCGAACCGCAGCUUGGGCGGGCAGGUGCCGGAGCAGCUAGUGCAGCUGUACGGCGUCACGACCGUCAACCUGCAGGGAAACGCUCUCACGGGAUCGCUGCCCUCGUCGCUCAACAGCCUCGCGAAUCUGCAGGCGCUUCUCCUUUCCUCUAACCAGCUCGCCGGGCCGCUGCCCGAGCUGUCGUCGCUGUCGCAGCUGACGAUGCUGGACUUAUCGCACAACCAGCUGCAGGGCUCCAUUCCCGACUGGCUCUCCGACCUCUCGCAGCUCAAAUACCUCGAGCUGAACUCGAACCGCUUCAAAGGCUCGCUCCCCGAGUCGCUAUCCCAGCUCACGACGCUGCGCGAUCUGCACGUGGACGGCAACAAGCUCACGGGCAAGGUGUCCCCGUCGCUCGCCUUCCUCUCCGCCACCGGCGCGUCUUUCAACUUCACCCAGAGCCCCGGCUUCGUUCUCUGCGGUCCCCCGCAGCUGGGUCUGCCGCCCGACUGUGCCGCACCGUCGUCCCCCGCCCCUCCCGCCGCUGAUCCCGGCUCGUCGCAAUCAGCCUCACCUCCAACCGCCAACACUCCCGGGACUGGCUCCAACUCCGCUCCUGCCGCCGGCAAAGGCGAUCCCGCGACUACCGCGGCGACUCCCGCCGCAACUCCCGCUGAUAACUCCUCGAGCAAUUCGACGUCAUCAUCGGGCGGGUCGAGCCAGGUGGUGGUGAUAGUAGCGGGCGUGCUUGUGGGACUCGCGAUGCUGCUGGCGGUAGCCAUCGGGCUGCUGCUGUGGCGCAUGGGCUGGUGCGGACGGCGCAAGGGCGCGCGUACGCAAUCCGGCGCUGCCUACUCGCGGCCUCCUAAAGACGCUGCCGAGGUGCGCCUCAAUAUAGUAGACGGGCCAUUCCAGACUAGUAAAGCAGCAGCCGCAUCUGGCGGCGCGAUCGACACCGCAAAGCACGGGGAGGACCAGCCGCUCACCGCACCUCCAGUGACCGUGAUCCCCGUUGCAGCCAAUAAGACGGCUCCUGAUCACGCUCCGUGGACUUCUGACGUCGGACCGUUGCCGUCGUCACGGCUUUCCUUCGCCACGUUGCCGCCGUUACCUCCCCCCCCCUCCACGUCACUCAGGGGAGCGUCGAGCGCGAGCAGCGCGGAUGGCGGGCACGCAAGCGGAGCAUCGGUGGGUAGCUACGCGGCUGUAGUGGCAGUGACAGCAUCGGCGGCGAGCUCUGGGGGGAGGUUCGGGGGAUGGGGGAAGAAGCGGGGGAAAGCGCAAGAGGGGGCGGCGGAGGGCGAGAGUGAGAGAGCGGGCGAGGAGGCGGAGCGGGACGGUGAAGGUGAGAGCAGUGGGGACGACGCGCGCGAUGAGUUGCGCGCUGCGCCGGUCAGCCUUGCCGCUGCAACGACUGCUGCCAUCACCGCCGCCGCUCCUGCGGCGUCUGCGCGCGCUGAUAGCGCUGCGGCGGUCCCCUCAGCUGGCGAAGCUCACUGCGCGGAGUCGCCGUCGUCAUCCCCGUCGGCGGAGCUCUCCGCGGGCGCCGCCGCCCCCUCCGCCGCAGCGGCGGCCGCGGGCGUGGUGAGCGCAGAGGGCGAGGAAGAUGAGGAGGGGAGCGAAUACAGCAGCGGCAGCGGGAGGAGCGGAACUUCCUCCGAAGGCAGCAGCGGUAGUGCGGCAGCCACGAAAGACGGCGAGGGUGAGGGUAGUGCGGCGGAGAGCAGCAUUGGCAAGGCGGGCGCGGGCGGGGGGGCGACGAGCGGCGCAGCGGAGAGCAGCAGCAGCCAGAGCAGGAGCAAGAGCUCGGGCACAACGGUCAGCAGCGCUGCGGCCGCUGCUGUGUCGAGGCUGCUGGGGCGAUGGAGGCAGUCGCACAAGGAGCAGCAGGGCGCGGGUAACGCGAACGCGCUGCCGCACGAGGCGCAAGGGGAGGAAGGAGCGGGAGGCGCGGUGGAAGGGACUGAGCGGAAGGAGGAUGUGGAAGAGGAGGCUUCGAGCAGCGAGGAGAGCGGGGAGGAGGUGGACGGGGGAGGAGGCGACGAGGCGGAGAGUGCGGCGGAGCAGAGCGUGCAGCAGCUCGUGGAGAGCAGCGGCGGCGAGCGGGUGAGGAGCCUGCCCUCGUGGGCUGCUGCCGCCAGAACCGGCGCUGCUCCCGCCGCCGCCGCCGCCACCGCCACCGCACUUGGCGCUUCUGCGACGGCGGCAGCAGGGCAGGCAGGGGGGGUUCAGGAACCAGCUAGCCCUGUGAUAGCUCCGCGGACCAAUCAAGGCGUACCACCUGUGCUGUCGCCCAUGCAGCAUCCUCCCGUGAUCAUCCCGCCCGUUGUUCCUCUCCCCUCGCUCCGCUCGCUCCCCGCCGCGUCGCGCUCCUCCGCCGCUGCCGCCGCCAUGCCCCGAGUGUCGUCCGCAACAGGUGCAGCAGGGGCGAGGGCAGCCACUACGUCGCCGCAGCAGCCGCAAGCAGCGCCGCAUCUUCCGCUCGACGACACACUCCGGCUGCCCCCUUCCGCCGCCGCCGCACCUGCAGACCCGCUGCCGCCUCCGCCUGGCCUCCCCCCGUCAACGGCGCCAGCGGCGACGCUGGCGGGCCUCCGCCCCGCGUACGGCGCGGCGGGACGGGCGCUGAGGGCGGCGGACGUGGAGGAUGCGGAGGACAGGCGGGCGGGCGAUAGGGGGGAGAUGGGCGCAAGUGGUUCCGCCGCUUCCUCCACUGCCGCAGGUGCUCAUGCCGCAGACCUGCCGCUGCCGCCGAUGGCGAGAAUCAACGGCUCGAAUGGCAUCGCGACGCAAUCCGACGACGGCAGUGUAGCGGGGAGCGGAGUGAGCGUGGGGGGCGAGUUGCGGUGGUUCUCUGUGAGCGAGCUGGCCAUGGCCACGAACGAGUUCGGGCGCAACGCGCAGCGCAACGUGGUGGGCACGGGGCGGUACGGUACGGUGUACCGCGCGCGACUGGCGGACGGCAGCACGGCUGCCGUGAAACGACUGACGCAGUACAAUCCCGAUCAGACCCCCCGCGAGUUCCGCUUCGAGGUGGAGACUCUGGCGACACUGCGCCACCCCAACCUAAUUGCGCUCAUCGGCGGGUGCUGCGCGGAACCAGCGGACUGCGGCUCCGCGGGGGGCGCGGAGCGCAUGCUCGUCACGGAGUACGCGGCGAAUGGCGAUCUGGACACGUGGCUGCAUCCUGACGACGCCACGCUGGCGGCCAACGCCGGGGCGCAGAUGGAGGCCAUUGAUUGGCCGAUGCGGAUGCACGUUGCCGUGGGAUGCGCAAAAGGCCUGGCAUACCUGCACGACGUGCGGGUGGUGCACAGUGACGUGCGCGCGGCCAACGUGCUGCUGGACCACCGCUGCGACGCACGCCUCUGCGACUUCGCCUUUGCGCGCAUCGUCGGCAGCGACCCCAAGCACGCCUCCGCGCGCCACGCCCUGCGCUCCUUCGGGUACAUGGCGCCCGAGUACAUGAACACGGGCGUGCUCACGGAGCGCAGUGACGUGUACAGCUUCGGAGUGCUGCUGCUCGAGAUCAUCACCGGCCGACGCCCCAUCGACAGCCAGCGCCCCUCGCACGAGUCGAACCUAGUGAAGUGGGCGAAGCAAAUGGCGGGCGAGGGGCGCUUCUUGGACAUGGUGGACCCGCGCCUGUGUGCGCCCGACAUGGGCGGCACGGCAGCAGUGCCGGUGGCCAUAGAGGACGCCACGUACGUGGUGGGCGUGGCGCUGCGCUGCCUGGAGCCCAACGCGCUCAAGCGCCCCAAGAUGAAGCAAGUCGUGCACAUGCUCGAGAGCGAGGACCCCUGCCUGAGGGAGGACUGGGUGGCAAGGCGGCCGUCAGUCACGCCGCGAGCGGUGAGGGACACAAGCCCUUCGUGGUCCGCUGCACGAGCAUUCACCGACUCAGCAGCGCGCACCAGCCCACGCUUCGCCCUCUCCUCCCCGCGCCACAUCGACCCCACAUCGCCCCUGACCGGCGCUGCAGCCACCGGUGCGGGCAGUGCGUACGGUGGUGGCCUUGUUGCUCCGUCUGGGUCUGCUUCGUAUCGCAGUGCGAGUCCGCGCAGUGGCUUCUCCCCCACGGCUGCCAGCCCCAAGGCUGCUGACAUCGGCAGCAUGAUCACCAGCGCUGCCCUGCGCGGCAACAGCCCCCACCAUGCUGGGAACAACAUGAGCAUGGGCAUGGGCAUGGUCACUCCCACACACAGUGCUGCUGCUGCUGCUGCUGCUGCGGGCCACAGUCCCACUGCUCCCUCCCAUGGCUCGUCGUCCUCCUCGCCUUUCCACACAGCAGCAGGGCACCACUCCAGCACGUCCCCAUACAACCACCACCACCACCACGCGCACUCACUCGGGUCUGCAGCAGGAGCGACAGCCAUGGCAGCGGCGGCAGCAGCAGGGGGGUACGGCCAGAGCCCUCCGCCGUACGGGCUGCAGUCGGGCAGCCCAGCAUCAGCAUCAGCAGCAGCAGCGGCAGCAGCAGCAGGGGCGUAUGGGCAGAGCCCUCCGCGCUUUGGCCAGAGCCCUCGAGCAGCGGCUUUCCUUGCAGGCGUUGCAGGAGCAGGCAGCACAGGGAGCGCCACCAGUGUUGGUGCCCCGGGGGGUGGUUAUGCAGCCGGGGGAAGUCUGGGUGGCGGGAUGGCAGUUGGGGGAAUGUAUGGAGGAGGCUUGGGGGCAGCAGGGGCAGGAGGGUUGUAUGGGCAGAGUCCCAGAGCAACGGGCCCCAGUGCUAGAGGAACAAGCCCCUCGGCUGCAGCAUCACGCGUUACAGCGUCAAGCCCAAGGGCUCUCAACUAUGGGGUUGGCAGUGCAGGGAACAUCAUUGCCAGCCAUGCUAUGAGCAUUUCCAGCCGUCGGAUGCCAUCGUGGAGUAGGAGAUGA